AUGCACCUGAACAUAGAACCAGGAGUCGAAAACCAAACAGCUCCUCUGGCAUUUAUUCUUUUGGACUUUAAUAGUGAGGAUCUACACAUUUUCUUGUUCAUAUUGUUGCUAGUUAUCUACAUAGUAACCAUGGCUGCGAACAUUCUUAUUGUGAUAUUGGUGGUGAUUGACCAGCACCUUCACACCCCCAUGUAUUUCUUCCUGGGGAACCUAUCUUGCCUGGAGACCUGCUACAGCUCAACCAUUGUGCCUAGGAUGCUGGUCAGUUUUCUGAGUGGAGACAAAUCUAUUUCUGUUACUGGAUGCUUUAUGCAAUUGUAUUUCUUUGGGGUUCUUGUAGUUAUAGAAUGUUACUUUUUAGCUGUGAUGUCUUAUGAUCGUUAUUUAGCAAUAUGCAAACCAUUGCAUUACUCAAUGCUCAUGAAUGGCAGAAUCUGCAGCCUGUUGAUUGCUGGGUCAUGGAUCAUUGGAUCAUUACCUGUCAAUGUUGUUAUAACUUUAAUGUCUCAGUUGAGUUUCUGUGGACCCAACAAAAUUGAUCAUUUCUUCUGUGAUAUGACCCCAAUGCUAAGACUCUCCUGCAAUGAUACCCAUUUGAUUGAACUGACAGCAUUCAUAUUCUGCUCAAUAGACACACUUGCCCCAUUUCUAAUAACCCUCACCUCUUAUGUUUGUAUUAUCAAGAGCAUUUUAAGAAUCCCAUCCACCACUGGAAAACAAAAGGCUUUCUCUACUUGCUCCUCUCACCUCACUGUGGUUGCUUGUUUCUAUGGCUUCUUGAUGAUCGUCUAUGUCUUACCAGAGAUGAGUUCCUUUAGUGAACUGAAGAAAGUCUUCUCUCUGUUCUACACUUUGCUCACUCCUCUGGUUAAUCCUCUCAUAUACAGCUUGAGGAACAAAGAGGUAAAGGAAGCAGUAAAAAAAAAAUUGAAGUUACUUUAUACAAUUCAGUAA